CCACCUCUCAUCACGCAUCAUGGGCCAAGCCGCGAGCAACCCGGGAGGAGCUGGCAACGACCCGAACAAGGACAAGAAGCAGGAGAAGAAGAAGUGGGAGCCGCCUCUGCCCACCCGUGUCGGCAAGAAGAAGAAGCGCGGCCCCGACCCGAGCCAGAAGCUGCCGGCCGUGUACCCGACGACGCGGUGCAAGCUCAAGCUGCUCAAGAUGGAGCGCAUCCACGACCACCUGAAACUCGAAGAGGAGUUUGUCGAGAACCAGGAGCGCCUCAAGCCGACCCUGACCGAGGACAAGUCGGUCGAGGAGCGGACACGCGUCGACGACCUGCGCGGGUCGCCCAUGUCGGUCGGCACGCUCGAGGAGAUCAUCGACGACGACCACGCCCUCGUGUCGAGCUCGAGCGGGCCCGAGUACUACGUGUCGAUCAUGAGCUUCGUCGACAAGGACCUCCUCGAGCCAGGUUGCGCCGUCCUCCUCCACCACAAGACGCACGCGAUCGUCGGCGUCCUCCAGGACGACACGGACCCGAUGGUCAACAUGAUGAAGGUCGACAAGGCGCCGACCGAGAGCUACGCCGACAUUGGUGGUCUCGAGCAGCAGAUCCAGGAGAUCAAGGAGUCGGUCGAGCUCCCUUUGACGCACCCCGAGCUGUACGAGGAAAUGGGCAUCAAGCCUCCCAAAGGUGUCAUCCUGUACGGCGUGCCCGGCACGGGCAAGACGCUCCUCGCCAAGGCGGUCGCCAACCAGACGUCGGCGACGUUCCUGCGCAUCGUCGGCUCGGAGCUCAUCCAGAAGUACCUCGGCGACGGCCCCAAGCUCGUGCGCGAGCUGUUCAAGGUCGCGUCCGAGAACGCGCCGAGCAUCGUCUUCAUCGACGAGAUUGACGCGGUCGGCACCAAGCGGUACGACUCGACCUCGGGCGGCGAGCGCGAGAUUCAGCGCACCAUGCUCGAGCUCUUGAACCAGCUCGACGGCUUCGACGACCGCGGCGACAUCAAGGUCAUCAUGGCGACCAACAAGAUCGAGUCGCUCGACCCGGCCCUCAUCCGGCCAGGCCGCAUCGACCGCAAGAUCGAGUUCCCGCUGCCCGACAUCAAGACCAAGCGCUACAUCUUCAAGAUCCACACCUCGCGCAUGAGCCUCGCCGACGACGUCGACCUCGAGGAGUUUGUCCACGCCAAGGACGAGCUCUCCGGCGCCGACAUCAAGGCCGUCUGCACCGAGGCCGGUCUGCUCGCGCUGCGCGAGCGCCGCAUGCGCGUCACGAUGGCCGACCUGCGCGCCGCGAGGGAGAAGACCAUGUUCGCCAAGAAGGACAACGGGCCCGAGGGAUUGUACCUGUGAAGCGCUCCUUGUGCUCCCCCCUGUACAGCCGUCGUCCCCUGCAACCCGAACCGCCUUUUUCCUC